GAAGGGGCGAGGCGGGGACGGGGGGUGGGGACCAUGCCCCAGCUCAGCAGCGGCGGAGGGGAUGACCUGGGGGCCAAUGACGAGAUGAUCGCCUUUAAGGACGAAGGGGAGCAAGAGGAGAAGAUCCAGGAAAACGCCUUCACCGAGCGCGAUCUGGCCGACCUCAAAUCCUCGCUGGUGAACGAGUCGGAGAGCAACAGUAGCCCCGCUGCCGCGGCGGCCGAUCCGGAGGCGAUCAGGCGUGUGCAAGAUCCACAAAGGGUUUAUCAGGAGAAACUCCCGGAUCACAUGGAAGAUGGUAUAAAGCAUCAGGACACGGGGAUGUACAAAGGAUCUGCUUAUUCUGGCUACCCUUUUCUAAUGCUCUCAGACCCUUAUCUGCCAAAUGGAUCUAUGUCACCUUUGUCCAACAAGGUUCCUGUAGUGCAGCCGUCCCACGGAGUCCAUCCACUCACCCCACUCAUUCCAUACAGCAACGAACAUUUCAGCCAUGGCUCCCACUCACCACACCUGCCAGCCGACAUCAACCAGAAACAAGGUGUGCACCGUCCUUCCCAAACAUCGGAUAUCCCUGGUUUCUACUCCCUCCCUCCCGGCGGGGUUGGACAGAUAACACCUUCUAUGGGAUGGCAGAGCCAGUCUGUCUAUCCGCUCCCGUCAUGUGGAUUUAGACAGCCGUAUUCGUCAGCGCUCUCUGCUGGGGCUACUUUCUCCAGGUUUACACAUCCCCUGAUGCUGAGCUCUGGAAUGCAUACCACUGGAAUCCCUCAUCCAGCCAUAGUACCCCAUUCCGGGAAGCAAGAAAUGGAUCAUUACGACCGGACCAUGAAACCCCAGCCAGAACCAAAGAGAGAGAAGGAAGCCAAGAAGCCCACUAUCAAGAAGCCCCUGAAUGCUUUCAUGUUGUAUAUGAAAGAAAUGCGGGCAAAAGUCAUUGCUGAGUGCACUCUGAAAGAAAGUGCAGCUAUCAAUCAGAUUUUAGGAAGGAGGUGGCACGCACUGUCACGGGAGGAGCAGGCCAAGUACUAUGAACUGGCUCGGAAGGAACGGCAGCUUCACAUGCAGCUCUACCCAGGCUGGUCUGCUAGAGAUAACUAUUCUUCAGGCUCUUCAGCCCGUGAACACACUCAGUUAUACUCAGGGCCCCUGGAAUUCUGCGGCACUUCAGGGCCAGUUUCUGCGGCAAGGGGAAAAAAGAAAAGACGAGCAAGAGAAAAGCAGCAAGACUCCAAUUCAGAUCCCGCCUCUCCUAAGAAAUGCAGAGCUCGCUUUGGCCUCAACCAACAAACGGACUGGUGCGGCCCAUGCAGGAGGAAAAAGAAGUGCAUUCGGUACUUACAAGGAGAAGGACCCUGUUCCAGCCCAGUUUCUUCCGAUGGAAGUGCUAUAGACUCCCCUCCCUCUCCUCUGGAUACACUCCAAUGCAUAUCCUCUGCUUUUACUUCAGACAAGCUUGCUACAUCUGCUGAUUUCGCACACAAAGAACAACGCAAUCCUUUCCCCACCUCUAUUCAUGUCAAAAGCGCUCCAUGCUCCUCUGGACUGACCACUCACUGCUCAUCCACGCCACAUGUGUCAGUAGCGUCCAGCGACUCCUCAAAGUACAGUGUGCCAUCAACAGGAACAUAGUACCACAUUGUACAAGUCAACACUUACUAAUGCAUGGGGCACUUUGCUUUUACCAAGUGGUUUUGCUGCCCAUUGAAAUGGACUGGAGGCUCAUCCAAAUUACCCAUCAUGCUGUAAAACUGUGUUUUCAAAGUCAAGGGACAGCUGUGUCCUGAGCCCCCAACUGAUUCAAAGAUGCUGGAAUAGUCAACGUUUUUAUCUAGAGCAAAGAUAGAAAAAUGGUGUCUCCCUCCAUAAAAAGGGUGAAAUGAGGACUCGCCAAAAUUAAAAAUGCCAAUCAGUAAACAAAUCUUUCAUCCCCACCCUGAGCUUCCUUUUACUGCAUCAUCUGCUCAAGUAGCUGAAAGUGAAAGCUAACUCCCUGGCUUGUUGCAUUAGAUGGUAGGUGCUAUAAAUCUUAAGCAUUGGUUUCUGUUUCUUGCAUCCCAAACAGCUUUGAAUCAUAGUCAGUCACAGAUCUCUGGCAGCUCUUUCACCAUGGAGUUAGGAAAGCCCGUCUCUGUCUGAGAGCUAAAUGUUAGGAAGCUAGAUUUCACUCUGACGGGCUUAUAAGAAAAAAGUGAAAUAUAGGCAAAUAUUAUUAAACUUCUUGUUCGAGGACAAGAAAUUAUUGGUUACAGGUAACAGGUCUUUACAGACAUGUCAAGUUCUCUUAGCAUACAGAAUGGCAGACAAACAGUGAGAGCGCUCAAAGCAGAAAAGGAAGCUUGGACUGGCUGCUUGAAGGUCUAUCUAGCCAAUGUUUCAUUGUUAUAGAGCUAAAAUACAAUAGUAACAUGUCGGUCAGGUGCAGAGUCCUCCUUGCUGCUCAAGUUCUUCACAGUAAACACUGGAGAAUCAGACCCCUUCAAUGGAGGACCUUGCAAGGCUCAAAGUAGACCCCAUCUGCCAUUAAGGCCUUGAUCCUACAAGUCCUGGCACAAUAGCUGCAGCAGGGUCCAUGAAAUUAUUAAGAAUCAGCCCAAGUGUAAAUAGAGGCUAUAUGUAAAGUCAAAGCAUGGCUUGCUGCACAGAGCUGAUGUAAGUCUCAAGCCCCUGUGCACUCACUGCCUUACUCUUACAAACCCAGGGUAGAGUUAACAGGGGAUGUGGGCUUGAGCAUGAUGCUCAUCACAUUAAUGAGGUGCUUACCUCCACUCUUCCCUUUUCAGCCUCUCCCCCCUUGGAGGCAGGGAUUUUGAAGCAGAACACAGUCCCUGCUGCAGGGUUUUGCUCCCCAUCCCCUUUAACCUCAGGUGUCACUCUGCAGUGCAAGAUCAAGCUCUCGGUGUGGUUAUAAGUGAAAUGAGCUGGUAUACAGCUUCGACUAGCUAGUUACACUGUAGAUUUUACAAUGCAAAUGAUUUCCUCUCUGCUCCCUUUCCCAUCUAGUGGCUGUCAAACAUUAAUACAGUCUCUCUCUCGCUCAAGUGUCUAGGGAUUUCUGAUAUUUAUAUUUUGAGCCUGGUAAACAAAAAACCUUUAGGGGCCAGAUUCGGAUCUCAGCUCCACUGAUGUAAAUCCAGAGUUAUUCCACAAAAGUAACUGGCAUGACUCUAGAUUUACACCAUUGUAAUUAAGAUCAGAAUCCAGACCCUUGUGGGUUUUUUCCUGCUUUAUAAAAAAACCUAUUCUAGAGCAGUGAUUCUCAAACUUUCGUACUGGUGACCCCUUUCACAUCACAAGCCUCGGAGUGUGAUCCCCCUUAUAAAUUAAAAACUUUUUAAAUAUAUUUAACACCAUUAUAAAUACUGGAGGCAAAGUGGGGUUUUGGGUGGAGGCUGACAGCUCAUGACCCCCCCCCCCCCAUAAUAACCUCAUAGGCCCCAGAGGGCUCCCAACCCCCAGUUUGAGAACCCCUGUUAUAGAGUGAAGAGAAAAGUACCAUAAAACAUGGGGGGGGGGGGAGGAGAGGAGGGAAGAGAAGAGGAGGAGAGACUUUUUUAAUUAUACAGGAUAGGAUUUAGAAUACUGAGUACAAACUUAAACUAGUAGUAUAUAGAUAGGCUUGCAAGAAAUUUAAAAGGACCUUUCAGACAAACUAUUUUUGUAUUUUUUUCUUAAGGCAACAAAAACUUUUUUUUACAUAUGUUUAUUCCAACUCAUGAAUAGGUUUCUAUAUCAGAGACUGAAGAUCAGAAAGCUGCUUAUAAUGUAGAGCUCUAUAGUGAUUGGUUCCCUCCACCCCAUUUAGUUCCUGUUGCUUCAAGCUGCUGUAGAUUUUUUGGGGGGGGGAGGAGAGGGGACCAUGCAAAUUCUUUACAAGAAAAUCUAAAGUGGUUGCUUUAUUAAUCUCCAUUCUCUGUACAACUCUAACCUCCAUUAGUACUAAUGGAAGUUACUCUAAAAGAGCUUAUUUAACCCUCAGACCACUGGCAUUGUCUAAACUGCCACACACAUAUAAAUAAAAGCAUAUUCUGACAGUCACCACAGCGUUAAUGGUGUAGCACUGGUUCAAUAUUUGAACUAGUAGCAUUUGAAUGAUUUCCAACCAAUGUGGAAGACAGCAUGGCCAAGUGGUUAAAGCUGAGGUAGGUGUCUAUUUGCAGCUUAACCACUGACUGACCUUACCCAAGUCUCCUCACCACUCUGUGCCUCAGUUUCCCCAUUUGUAAAAUGAGAAUGCUAAUAUUUUUUUCAAGCACCUUGAGAUUCUCAGAUGUAAGGUGCUGUGGACGUGACAAGUAGUAGUAAUAAUAUUAAAACCACAAUACAUGGUUCAGCUAUAGCAUGGAUUAGUGGUUGGAUAGGUUAGUCAAAAAAAAUUGGGUGUGACAAGUGAAACUUGCACCUACAAUAGUUGUGCAAAACAAAUGUAACCUACUCCCUCAGCAGACACGAGAGGCGAGUACAAGUGGACAAACAGAGGUGGCUAGCUAACAGCCCAGGAUGCUAUUGGGGAAAGUCCUGCUGUAUGUAACGAGCACCCUUUGACCAAGGGCCAAACUCAAUGCUGGAGUAAACAGACAUCACUACCAUUGACUUCAGCAUUCAGUGGAAGUUGCACCCACUUAGUCUAAUGCUAAUUGGGACCCCAGAAGUGCAUGGCAGCAUCUGGCAUAGCACAGGGAUGCACUAAAUUGGGAAGGGCUGCCUGAUAUCAGUCUACUCUUAGUUGAUUUCCAUUUCCCACUGUUGCAGGAGCUGCUUGGUGGCACUCUGGCUAACACCCCCUAUUCCUCCUACAGCUUUUCCUCUUCCCCCAAAGUAGGCAAGUGAUGUUUGCAUAGUUCUGGAAGCAGGAUUAGAUCCCUUUGCAACUUACACCCAUGUUCUGACUGAUGUACACUAUCACUAAACGUGGCCCUUAACCUCUAGCCUUCUUCUGACUUUAAAGCAAAGCAAAUUAUAUUUUGCAUAGAUGUACACACUCAGCUUUUGACCCUAUCCUCUGCUCUCAGACAGCAGCGUGGAGGGCUGUAACUCCAACUUACACUGGUGUGUGUAACAGAGCAGACUUGGUUUAUUAUUCGAAACAUGCAAGGAGACCUUGAAGCUGCCCAUUCCAAGGAAAAAUAUUGAGUAAAUGUUAUCACCUUUUACAACAUGCCACAGGAAGCCAAAACACAGAUCCUAAGUUUUUUAAAUACCAAAAAAAAAAAAAAAUUAAAAAAAAAGUCUUUAGCUAUGCUAUAGGAAGUUUUACUUUUUUAAAAAAAGAAAACCUUGCCUGUAAAUUUUUACUGCAGCAAGAUUUAGUUCUCAUAUGACAAUUUCAAUUUUUUUUAAAUUACCCAUUUGAUUUCCUGUUUGAAUGUAGAAGUCACAGAAAUACCACUUCAUUAAGUCAAGUAAAACCACUGUAUGUAUGUAGCACGGAUAAGUGUUUUGCAGCUGUACUUUCAUUUGUCCAAUAACUAUCCACCAUAUACUGUAAUUUUUUUUUUACUUCACUGAGUUUGUAUUUUUUGGCUUUUAUGUUCAAAAUAUGUUUAUAAAUAAAGAAGCGUGCCAGCCUGGCCCUUCAAAAAGGGCCACUGGAGGUUAUAAUCCUAUAAAAUCAUAUGAUAUGAUCUCAUUUCUUACUAUUUUAAAGAUUCCUGUGUUUCCUCCCCACCUGUAGGCAGCAGGGCUUUUUAGACUAUUGCAUGUAGCUAACUGAGUAUAUGAAUGACAAAGAAAUCUGCUGCUUCAGCUAGUUGCAUUCUCCAUAUCACCAAUCCUCUUUUCCAUGCACAAGGGCCUAGUUCAGUCACCCUUUGGACUGGCUCAGCUAACAGCUGUAUCUGUUACUAAACAUGUCAAGGGGAAAAAGCCAAACAGAAAAGAACACGAGCACAGCUCAGAGGGGACGGAAGCAGCCUCAUUUCUUUAAGCAUUUUGAAAAUGAAUGUAGUGCUGAUAAAAGAUGCCCCUUUAUUCACAUCACUGACAGAAGCCUGGGCUACCGCCUCCUGUAUUCUACUCAACACAUGCUAUGUCCCAAUAACCUAGAACUACCACCUUCAUAUGUGAGGGGAGCUCCUGCUCCACCUCCUUACACAGCUGACUGAUCUGAGCAGUCCAGUAUGUCACUGUAGUCCCAUAUCCUCCCCCCUGCAACAGUCAAAAACCUAGAUGCUUUUGAGAAAGGCAUAAGAAUCCUGCAAUAGGCAGCUAUAAAAUAUGCACUAUCCCUACCCACUCCCCUGGAUCUCAUCCUGCUCUCUAGUAGACUGGCUUUAGCUCUCAAACAUGAGCCUUAGUCUUUCUUCCAAAGCUUUCCCCCUUCAUUAGUUAGGACAACCCUGGUUGUUCUUGAUAUCCAUAGAAACCGCCUAUCCCUUUUUGACUCUGGUUAAGUUCACCCUACCUUAUCUGCUGAAAGUAAGACAACUAAUAUUUCACAGGCUCCUACUGCCCUUGGCUGGUUUUGAACUGGCACCGCAGAAGCUGAAGCCUGUAGUCCUGUAAUAACUCCUGAGCCAAUCAGUUCCCCAGAGACACAUUUCUAAUGCACACUUAUAAAGGAAGAUGUGUAAAGGCUAAAGGAUGAGCUGUUGGAUUUAAAUCUGGUUAAAACUGGAAGAGUU